AUGCAAGCACCCGAGCGGACGGCCUCUAUGGUGCCGCACGCCGACCACAUAAGUCCAGGUGAUUCAACAAUAGGGGACCAGGUGGUGUUGCUUAGGUAUGGUAGCAAGACCCGCUAUCAGUACGAGAGGACGCUCAUGCGCCAUAAAGCAUGGCUGUUGCGCGAGCAUCCUGGUUGUAUGACCAAUGGUGAGGUUUAUCUUCCCCUCGAUCCAAUCGCCUGCAAAGGCUUCUUGGCGUAUGAAUGUGUGAAACGAGGACCAAGUGGUGCUGAGGUUGAACCACAGCAGUUUAAGUCAUACUCUACUGCCAACGCAUGCAAGAGCGCCAUCAAGUUGAUGCAUAAAGAGUCCAAUGUCCGCGUGUCCGAUGAACUGGAAACACUAUUGGCAGGUACGAUAUGCACUUUGCAUGCGGGUACAAGCGUAAGGUUGCUCAACUCAAGGAUACUUGACGGCAUCAUUGAUGAGGCGUUGGGUGUGGACGAGAACGCAAGCGCUGUGGAUAACGAACAAGCAGCUGUGAACGGCUUUUCUGGGGACCCCGACGAAGGAGCAAGCGAGCAUGAGUGUGCUUACGUCGAGCGCAGUGUCCUGUUCAUUCAAACAGCAUCAGACAUGGCGCCUGUGAACGAGAAGGCAGUGUUGGAAUCAAUCAAGAGCAAUAUCCACCUAAGAACGCUGCGCGCAGAUCCAGCAGUCCCUGACUUCAAUGUCCACACGUCGAACAAGAUUUCAAACUACUUUGAAGCUGGCAUUGACGCCCGAAUGUUCCCACACCUGUUCCCAUUUGGUCGUGGUUACACCAACGAACGCGGCAGACGAGUCCCAGUGUCGAAGCUGCAGUGCUGUCGGCUCUAUUGCUCCCUCAGCUCACGUCGGUUUGCUCAAGAUCGGUACUUCGUCAUGGUGUCCUUUGAUCGUUUCGGUCUCGAUCGUGGAUUCAUCAACUCAAACUUUUCGACCAAAGUCCGACCGUCCAUGCAUACCCCGGUGGCGAAGAUAUCGCAUGACGAUAUGCGGAAAGGUCUGGAGAACCAAGAUUCCCGUCGAUUUGGUCGUACUCCAAAGAACAAGUUUGUGAACAAGGCCGUUGGCGCUCUUCUCCGGUCCGUUGAAUGCAGCUCGUCGUUUGUGUGGGGCAGCAAUGCUGAACGUCGAAUGCAUCGUCGAGAAGCUUUUGCCACAGCUUAUCGCUUUGGCCAGCCAAGUCUUUUCGUCACAAUCACGCCAAAUGUGGAUGGGACAAUCACUUUGGCGUAUUUGGCAGGAGGCAUCCAAGUCAAGUCGCUGUUUGAUGUACAAUACCUCAAGCACAUGCCUGACAAAGCAACCAUGCAACAACUGGCGAUGAACGACAACAUGGCGUCCGCUACUCUUUUCGAUCGAAGCAUCGAGGCGUUCACCAAAGUCGUUGUGGGUUUCGACAAGACUACCGGUCGACCAAGAAAGUCUGGCGGACUAUUCGGCCAUGUCAAGGCGUACUUUGGAAUGGUUGAGACCCAAGGUCGAGGGACGCUUCACUUGCACCUUCUUGCUUGGGUUUAUGGCGCUCCACGUUCCACGUCCGAGUUCGAGGACCGAUUGCAGGCAGAUCUCAACUAUGAAGCGAUGGUGCUGAAGUACUCUGAGGGCAUUGUGUCCAAUUCGCUGCCCAUUGACCUCCUUCAGACCCCCUGCAAGGCGUGUGAACAUGUGGAUACCAAGUAUGAAGCGCUCGACCCUCCCUUGACAGCCUUUGAAAAACCACGUCGCUCAGAAGGCGUGCUUCCGAAAGAGCUCAUUAUGGCCAACUGUGGACAUUGCAACACGAUGGUCAGCUCCCAGCAUUUGGUUCGGCAAGCCCUCCUGCAUUCGAGGCCUAAAGUGUGGCCAGUGGAGUUGCCCAAGCUUUCUCAGUCUGCAAUUGACAAGUACUUGGACGAGGAAACAUCGUUGUUGAAGUCAACGGCCGGAAAGAAAAAUGACCCCGAGCGAGCACAUGACCACAUGCGUUCGAGCUUCCAGGCAUACCUAGAAGGCACUGUCCACAUGGAAUCCAACGUCGACUAUCAAGAGCUUCUGGCUGAUGUUUGCAAAGGAAGCGCGGAAAAGAAAGGAAAGAUGUCGACAGAAGAACCCACGAUGACAGUGGUGCGCCAAUCACGCCGUCUGGCGGGAGAUGCCCCGGAGUUUGGACUCCUGGACAGCGAACGCCUACUGCGAAAGUAG